GGAGCCAUGUCAGGGGUUGUCAAGAUAUCUCAAGGAGACGAGAAACAACUGAUGGAGGCUGUGGCUACUGUUGGACCAGUGGCCGCUGCUGUUGAUGCCACCGCCAAUGCCUUCAGGUUCUACUCCAGUGGUAUUCUUGAUGUGAGUCACUGGUCAGAGAGCAAUGCUGUCCACGGGGUCCUCAUCACUGGCUAUGGCAUAUUCAAUGACCAGAAAUAUUGGCUCGUCAGAAACAGCUGGGGUGAAUACUGGGGCAACAAAGGCUACAUAAUGAUGUCGAGGGACAAGUACAAUCAGUGUGGCAUUGCCUCCUCUGCUUCCUACCCCACUCUCUAGUGACAGUCUUCACUCACCCACUAAUUCAUCUACUCCUAGCUGAUAGAUCAGCACUCAUUGAAGACUCUUUGCUAUUCAAACAUGUGUUAAUUACGAGGUACAUGCGCAGAUAAAUCCUUGAAGCAAUGAAGAGCGAGUAGCAUAAUAGCGUGACUGCUAUUUCCAAAAUGAAAAGCACU